CGAGCUUCUGCAUUGGAUUUCAAGACGCGGUCCUGAUUACACGCCAAAGGACCCACUAUGAUCUAUUACUCCAACACCAGCCCAGCUCUUUCUCUUUUCUCUCUACUUCUGCCCAGUUAAGUACUUGAAUUUCCAAUUCUCUCUCAAUAAUUCUAUUCUCGACGUCACAACGAGAAUUUCAAUUACUAUCGUACAUUAGAAAGGGACUUGUCUUUCGUUUUUUCUAACCUCCUGUCCCAAGCUAACUGCGUACGUCGGUAUAUAAUGCAUUGUUAGAAUACCCGCUACUUUAUCAUAUACACCCCAGCGCGUCUUCACCUCCCACCAUGGCGUCCACCCACGAAAUCAACGAAAAUCGAAGAUCGAUCAGCUCUCAAUGUAGCAACCCAGACUCUUCUACUAUGUCCUUCGAGUCUUCCUUCCGACUAGAAUCCGGUUAUCCUGGUCAUGACUCCAAUUCAGAGAAACACCCUAAGGGCAAGCGGAAGAGAACCACUACACAAGAUAAAGCCAUCCUAGAAGCUGCGUACAACUCGAACCCGAAACCCGACAAAGCAGCGCGUCUCGAUAUUGUGAGUCGCGUCUCGCUUAAUGAAAAGGAAGUUCAGAUAUGGUUCCAAAACCGUCGCCAGAAUGACCGCCGAAAAUCGCGACCACUUUCGCCCCAAGAGAUCGCUGCUCUUAGAUAUGGUGGCGGGGUGCAGAUCCUCUCUUCCGACUCUAUCCCCGCGCCUAUUGCUGCGUCAAGCAUGGUUGGGCAACCGGAAGAUGUUCGUAUAGAGGCCGAGAGAGUUUUUGACAUGGAAAUCCCUCCCAACUCCCAGGAUGUCGUAUCUCAGCACUCCGUGCAAUCUUCUCCGAAACUAUGCGGCGUAGACCUUCCCCCGGCAGGCAUGUUAUCGAGACGAGAGUCUGGGGACUUCGAGAGGGGCACACCAUCGCCGUCGAGAAAUCCCGAGCCCGAGGGCCACUCGAUUCUCCAGAAUUCGUCGGCUUCAGCCACCCAUUUGUCAAACCGACGGAGUUUUGAUAACUCCUUCUCCACCCCCUCCUCUCUCGGACGAGCAGGGGAUGAUUCGUUUAAAUUCGAAUCAUUUUCGUCCUCGUUUAACUCCGCUGCCAGCAGUUCGCCGGCUUCGGUACUCCCACCGCCCUCGUCCUCGUCUUCUCAGGUUCGCCUGUCCUUAUCCUUAGACGGAAAGGCUGAACUAGUUUCCGCCCAGCCAUCACCACCGCGUCCCGCUCAGCUUCCUCUACCGACCGAGGCUGAUACAUUACCUCCAGUUCGCACCAAUCGGACUCUUCACCGGAGUCGAAGUGCUCUUCCUGGUAUCACACUACCGCCCAUCUCGACCCUCACUGCCCACCUUCCGCCGCAACUCACUCGAGGUCGAUCACGGGAUGUUCAGGCUUGGGAAGCUUGCUGUGAGGCUGGUGGGCGAGAUGAGCUAACAAAGCAGGCCGAGAAUGAAUCCUCCGGGUCUGCAGUUGCGGCCAUUAGCCUUCUCCGAUCUAGCAGCAGCUCCGCUAGUCUUAGUAACCUGAUCCACAGCCACAGCACAAACGUUCUGCAAUCCAACCCGAACAAGCGUAACGCACCGCAGAACAAGCCCUCUCACCGAGAAGGGGCCACUAAGAAGGCCAAGCUUAGUCGGGCGACUAGCAGUGUGGCGCGUAUGCAGACCUUGCCUCCCUCAUCGUUAGACACCCGGCCGGAAGUUCUCGAUCCGGAGAAGAAGCCGGGAAAGGGAAGUCUUUCUGUUAUCCUAAGCCCAUCCGGUGAUUCGGAUAAGGAGAACUGGAGCCCCGAUGAAGACGGCAACCCCCAUAAUCACCCUCGACGACCGCCGCCCCCUCAAAAGUCUCAAGCACCGGCUCCCGCAGGUGAAAACCCGCGUCGAGUUGGACGUGUUCUUGGUGAGCGAGAUGUCGCGGCGAAGCGUUCGUUGCUUUUCGGAAGCAGAGCGAAUACUGCGCUAUCAUCGAAAGCUCGAGAGGCACCUAUGAUGAUAUUCGAGGAUAAGGAAGGUGGUAAAGGCCAAGAAGGCUCGAAGAAGGAUGGGGAGGUUGAUACCUUCAUGCGAGGCGAGGUCAGUCCUAGCAAACGCGGCGAUAUGGAUUGUGUUGCUGGAUUACUUUCGUUGAGCCAGGGAAACUGGCGUUGAAUAAGUAGCUAUACGCUAUUAGAAUCUU